AUGUCGCUGCCGCACCACCGCGCCUCCGGAUCGCUCACGCCCCCACGUCGCCGCGCUCCUCGAUCGCCAACGCCACCUACUCGCCGCGGUCGCCGACACCGUGACGAUGGCGCGCCGCCGACGCGCGUCGUCCGCGAGGUGGGAUCGGCGAACUACCCCAUGCUGACUCGCACCAACUACACGGAUUGGGCGGUUCUCAUGCAGGUAAUGCUUGAAGCACGUGAACUCUGGGAGGCGGCGAGCCACGGGACCGUCGACCGGCACGACAACCUCAUGGCCAUGGAGGCCAUUCUCCGCGCGACGCCGCGAGAGAUGCGUGUCUCCUUCCACGGGAAGGGCACGGCGAAGCGAGCCUGGGACUCCCUCAAGAUCGAGCGCGUGGGUGUUGAUCGGAUUCGCAAGGCGAAAGCCACCGAUCUCAUCCGCGAGUUCGACGCGCUCAGCUUCCGUGAAGACAAGAAGGUGGACGACUUCAUGCACCGGUUCAACCACGUCGUCAGCGAGCUCACCAUCCUCGGCGACCGCCCCGCGGAGACAACGAUGGUGCGUCGCAUACUCCAGGCAGUGCCUCCACGGUACGACCAAAUCACGCACUCCAUCGAGACUCUGCUCGACAUCGACGCCAUGUCGACCGACGAGCUUGUUGGGCGCCUCAAGUCGGCCAAGGUGCGUGAGAAGAGCCGCGAAUCGACGUCCACGAACUCCAAUGGCAAGCUGCUCCUCUCGGAGGAGGAGUGGCUGGCGCGCUACAAGCAUCGACUCGCGGGCGAGGGCUCCCGCUCCGGCAGCAACAGCGGCAAGCCAUCAGGCAGUUCGUGCGGUGGGAACAAGGGCGGCGCACGUGCUGGCGGCUCCUACGACGAGCCGGCCAGAGAGGCCACAAAGUCCGACAAGUGCAAGUACUGCAAGAAGGGCCAUUGGGCCCGAGAAUGCCGCAAGAAGAAGAGAGAUGAAGCGGCGCUCCUCGCUGAAACCGGCGGUGACGACACCGACGAGCCUUCCUUGCUGAUGGCGGUGGCCGAACCUGCUGCUGGUGACGGCGAGACAGUUCGCGCCACACAGGCCGAACGAGUCACGCCCCACAUUCCCCCUGUUCAUGUUGGCGGGCAAGUCUUCCUCAACGAAGAACGUGCUGUGGUGCAGCUGGAGGACGCUGAGUCUGGUGCGAACGCCGACACGUCUGUCACCGACACCUGGUUUCUCGACACCGGGGCGUCAAACCACAUGACGGGCAACUGCACGGCGUUCUCCGAGCUGGACCGCUCCAUCAAAGGCACUGUGAAGUUCGGGGACGGCUCCCUCGUCGACAUCGUCGGACGUGGGACUGUCAUCUUCGCCGCGCGCAAUGGGGGUCACCAGUCCUUGCUUGACAUCUACUACAUACCGCGCCUCCGCUCCAACAUCAUCAGCCUUGGUCAGCUUGACGAAGUUGGCUGCAAGGUCGAGAUCGAAGAUGGUGUGCUCCGGGUUCGCGACCCGUAUAGGGUGCUCCUUGCAAAGGUACGUCGGAGCCCUCAUCGUCUCUACAAGAUCACCCUCACCAUAGCGCAGCCGGUGGCUCUGCUGGCGCGCACAAACGAUUCCUCGUGGCGCUGGCAAGAGCGAUUUGGGCACAUCGGCUUCGACACGUUGCGGAGGCUGAGCCGUGGCGGUCUGGUGCGGGGACUUCCGCCCCUGGACCAUGUCGACCAGCUCUGCGACGCCUGCCUCGCCGGAAAACAACGCCGCGCAUCCUUCCCCGACCGCUCCCUGCACAGGUUCUCAGAACUUAAGUUGUUGAAUGGUUAG